AUGUCGUCUUUCGGUCGCGAAAACAAUGGGACUCCGUAUCCAUCUCCGACUCCUUCAAACUGGUCGCCGGAGUCACCGGAUUGGAGCAAUGUUGUCUCCCCAGGCUGGAGAAGUGUUUCUCCAGGUUCGCAGUACUCAUCCGUGAGUGAGAUGGAGGAAAUUCUGCGCCUGAGGGCAACAAUAGAAAGUCAGGCAAAUCAAAUACGCGUGCUGGAGGGAACGGUGCGUGCUCUAGAGGAAGAAUUGUCCACCCGCGCCGAACGCGAAGCUGGCAUGGAAACGAUGUUGGAACGGACUUUGCAGAAAGAAUACGAGACUGCUUUGGAGCACGAAGGGGUUGAGGAAGAAUAUGAAGCGCGUCUGAAAGCCCGAGAAGACAUCAUCGUCUCUCUUAGGAAGGAGAGCGAAUGGAUGGUAGAUGAUUUGCGAAGAGCGCGAUGCUUUCUGCCGCUCAAGAGGGUCAACCCGUUGGAGAACGUCCUCCGGCAGUCGCAGGAGGACGAGCUCCUCCUCGCCUAUCUAUCUCGUUCAAUGGUGGAGAAAUCCACCAUUGAGAUUCAGCGAGAUGGCAGGGCGUCCUUGACGCUUCUAAUGGUCGACAAUACGACCAUUAGUGGAGGGUUUAUGUAUAUGCCUCCGAGGAUGGCUGCGUUGCUGAAGCGCAGUGUCGAAAACAUCAGUGGCAUCUAUUUCGUCAACCUCCUCGGGCUCGACACAGUCAUUCGGGCUCUGGAUGCUGCCAAUAAGCCGUGGAGGAAUAUGUAG